CAUUCAGUUGAAUUUUACACGCCACAAACAGAAGAACAUACGUCUAAUUGAUAGCAAGUGAAACAAAUUUUGUGAUUUUCCAAUUGGAGAAAAAAGAAACGGAUAAUUUAAUUUAUUAUUUGUGAAAUAAAACCCAUAAAUUGUUUUAUUAUAUUUUUCAACAAAAAAAAUAUAUUAAAUAAACACACAAAAUGAGAUUGUGUAUAUUAUUGGCUGUAGUGGCCUUUGUUGGCCUCUCUCUUGGAGAAGAGAAGAAAGAAAAAGAUAAGGAACUCGGAACCGUGAUCGGUAUUGAUUUGGGAACCACAUAUUCAUGUGUUGGAGUUUAUAAGAACGGACGUGUUGAAAUUAUUGCCAACGAUCAGGGUAAUCGUAUCACACCAUCGUAUGUUGCAUUCACUGCCGACGGUGAACGUCUCAUUGGUGAUGCUGCCAAGAAUCAGUUGACUACCAAUCCAGAGAACACCGUAUUCGAUGCUAAGCGUUUGAUCGGUCGUGAAUGGUCUGACUCGAACGUCCAACAUGACAUCAAAUUCUUCCCAUUCAAAGUGGUUGAAAAGAACUCAAAGCCACACAUUAGUGUAGCAACAUCGCAAGGUAACAAAGUAUUUGCUCCCGAAGAAAUCUCCGCUAUGGUUUUGGGUAAAAUGAAGGAAACUGCUGAAGCUUACCUCGGUAAAAAAGUAACUCACGCCGUCGUCACAGUGCCAGCUUACUUCAAUGAUGCACAACGUCAAGCCACCAAGGAUGCUGGCGUUAUUGCUGGUUUGAAUGUUAUGCGUAUCAUUAACGAACCAACUGCUGCCGCUAUUGCUUACGGUCUGGACAAGAAGGAAGGUGAAAAGAACGUUUUGGUAUUCGAUUUGGGUGGUGGUACUUUUGAUGUGUCCCUCUUGACCAUUGAUAAUGGAGUGUUUGAAGUCGUUGCUACCAACGGUGACACUCAUUUGGGUGGUGAAGAUUUCGAUCAACGUGUAAUGGAUCACUUUAUCAAAUUGUACAAGAAGAAACGUGGAAAGGACAUCCGCAAGGACAAUCGUGCCGUACAAAAAUUGCGUCGUGAAGUUGAGAAGGCAAAGCGUGCACUCUCAUCCAGUCAUCAAGUUAGAAUUGAAAUUGAAUCGUUCUUCGAAGGUGAGGACUUCUCAGAGACCCUAACCCGUGCCAAAUUCGAAGAAUUGAACAUGGAUUUGUUCCGUUCAACAUUGAAGCCAGUACAGAAGGUCUUGGAGGAUGCUGAUAUGAACAAGAAGGAUGUGCAUGAAAUUGUUUUGGUUGGUGGUUCCACACGUAUUCCAAAGGUACAACAAUUGGUCAAGGACUUCUUCGGAGGUAAGGAACCUUCCCGGGGAAUCAAUCCCGAUGAGGCUGUCGCAUAUGGUGCCGCUGUUCAAGCUGGAGUCUUAUCCGGUGAACAAGAUACCGAUGCUAUUGUUUUGCUCGAUGUGAAUCCUUUGACUAUGGGAAUUGAAACAGUCGGAGGUGUGAUGACCAAGCUUAUUCCACGUAACACUGUCAUUCCAACAAAGAAAUCCCAGAUUUUCUCCACUGCCUCAGACAACCAACAUACAGUGACCAUUCAAGUGUACGAAGGUGAACGUCCAAUGACCAAGGACAACCAUUUGUUGGGUAAAUUCGAUCUCACAGGCAUUCCACCAGCACCAAGAGGCAUCCCACAAAUUGAAGUAUCAUUCGAAAUUGAUGCCAACGGUAUUCUGCAAGUAAGUGCCGAGGACAAGGGUACAGGAAACAAGGAAAAGAUUGUCAUCACCAACGACCAAAACCGUUUGACACCAGAUGACAUCGAUCGCAUGAUCAAGGAUGCCGAGAAAUUCGCCGACGAAGACAAAAAACUGAAAGAACGUGUCGAAUCAAAGAACGAACUUGAAUCAUACGCCUACAGUUUAAAGAACCAAAUCGGCGACAAGGAAAAACUUGGUGCCAAGUUGAGCGAUGAAGAGAAGACCAAAAUGGAAGAAGCCAUCGAUGAGAAGAUCAAAUGGAUGGAACAAAACGCCGAUGCCGAUCCAGAAGAAUACAAAAAAAAAAAGAAAGAACUCGAGAGCAUAGUGCAGCCAAUUAUUGCGAAACUGUAUCAAGGACAAGGCGGCGUUCCACCAACAGAAGAAGGUGACGACUUAAAGGACGAACUAUAAGAGACGAGUGUUCCGAUCAAUGAGAUACAGGAGAGAUAAGAUUGAAGGGGAGAAAUAAAUGGAGAGGGCAUCAAAGAAACCAUGAACCCCAAGCUCUCCAAUUAAAAAGCGCUCACACAAAACAAAAUUCUCCACUAAUUUAAGGCAUUUCAAAACACAAAUUAAGAUCAUGUUUUUUUUGUAAUUUAAUUUAAAUUAAUUUAUUGAUUUACUUCUAAGAGUUUCUUCAUUUUAUACACGAUUUUUGUUUAACGAUAAAAAUAUAUAAAUCAAGUCAACAUUUUCGACUGACUUAAUGAUGAAGAAUUUGAAGAAUUGUUUCAAUAGAGAAAGAAAAAAAGAAAUAAAAAAUAAGUUCUUUCGAUUUUACGAAGGGGCUAUACAUAUUAACAAACAAAUUAAAACUGGUUUUCAUUCAACACAAAAAUUUGCCUUCUUUUGUUUUUCGUAUUUUUCUCAUUUUUGUAAGUAAUGCCCACCUGCGAUUUAUUAUUUGAUUCGACUGAAUUAAUUUUGUUUAUUAAAUUUAAGUUUAAAAUAACUUGUUAAAGGAUAACAAAAUAUGUAGUAGGCGGAGUAAUGUGCGAAGAUCUCCACUUUAUUUUAUUCAAGAUAAAAAGUGUAGACAUUGUAUGAUAGUUUCCUUUUUGUAAGAAAAUAAACUAAAUUUAAAAGAAAAUUUA